CCUUCUCAUUCUUCCUAAUAUUUUCCCAAGGUGUGUUUGCAAUGAGGGCUAUUGAACUGGCGGACAAGGCCAGAGCUAUUUCAGCACAUAGGGGAUACUCGGUGUACGAUCGCGGUAUCGAUUAGAUAGGGUUCGAUUCAGCAUCUUAUCGUCGAUCAUUGAUCAUCGGAGUGGUCCGAUUCCUGUUCCGUCUUUCCUUCUCCAUGUUAUAAAAAUUGUUUGACUCGAUUUCUCACAUCUUUCCGACGCACCGUACCGCCAUGUUGGACGAAGACGAGAAACAGUGCAAACUCGCUCAGGAAGGGUCUUCGACGACGUCCAGCAGCCUAAGCUGGCAGAAUCGAUUGCUUCUUUGGGGUGUGGAAGCUCGAGGAAUAAAACCGGUUACCCUUGAGGACCGGACAGACACCCAGUACUCGAAGAUCUUCUUCAUUUGGUUUUCGGCUAGUACCAAUCUGCUACCGUUCUCGACAGGAUCUCUCGGUCCUAUCGCGUACGGGCUUAGUCUACGAGACUCAUGCCUUGUAAUCUUGUUCUUCAAUCUCCUCUGUUGUUUACCAGCAGGCUAUCUCUCGACCUGGGGACCACGCUUGGGGCUACGGCAGAUGGUCCAAGCGCGAUUCAGUUUUGGAUACUUUGGCGUGAUGGCCCCAGUGCUCCUCAAUCUCAUCAACAUGACGGGUUUCUGCAUAUUGGAUUGCAUUCUCGGUGGGCAGACGCUGGCUGCCGUAGCAAACGGCAAUCUCAGCUGGAGCGUCGGAAUCGUCAUUAUUGCCGCCGUAUCGCUUCUGCUGUCGUUUUGUGGAUGGAAGAUCCUGCACCGAUACGAGCGUUUCGCCUGGAUCCCUGUCGUCAUCAUCUUUCUGAUCGUCGUGGGCAUCGGCGGGAAACACUUCAAAGACAUACCUGAAGCUGAACCAGCCACCGUGCAGACGAUAUUGUCCUUUGCCGCUGUUAUCGCGGGUUUUGUAUUAACAUGGUCUCCCCUCUCCUCGGAUUUCAGCUGUUAUAUGCCACCGGAGGCACCCAAGAAACUUGUAUUCAUGUAUUCCUAUUUUGGCCUUUUGCUGCCGACUGUUGCACUGCAAAGUCUGGGCGCUUUGAUCGGCGCCUGUGUCGUGAAUGUUCCUGCAUGGGAGGCAGGAUACGAGGCGGAUAAUGUCGGUGGGAUGCUCGAUGCUGUAUUGAGUCCCGCGGGAGGAUUCGGGAAAUUCCUGACUGUCUUGCUUGCCCUAUCUGUCAUGGGCAAUGUUGCUGCGACAUUCUACUGCAUCUCGCUGAAUAUCCAGACCCUCGUCCCAGCGCUCAUGUCUGUGCCACGUUAUGUAUUCUCGGUGCUGAUCACGGCCAUAGUCAUCCCACUCUCGAUUGUCGGGGCCCACAGUUUCUACUCGACUUUGAGCAACUUCCUUGGGUUGAUCGGCUACUGGGCCAGCGUCUUCAUCGUCAUAAUACUCCAGGAACACUUCAUUUUCCGCAAAGGAGAUCUAUCGCGCUAUGAUGUGUCUGAGUGGAAUCGGCCCAGCGAGCUCCCCAGUGGUAUUGCCGCUCUUCUCGCUGGAGCUUGCGGGAUCGGAGUCGCCAUUCCGGCCAUGGCCCAGGUUUGGUAUACCGGUCCAAUUGCGCGGGUGACCGGGGACAUUGGCUUUGAACUUGCUUUUGUGGUCACUACUGUCGUGUAUCCAGCUCUCCGUCUGCUCGAGAUACGCUGGCGCGGAAAAGUGUAGCAUCUGUCUCAAUUAAAUCGUCUUUAAUGUAGCACAAGCAAUCUCACAGUAUAGCAAGAACAGAAGACGAACGCGCCCGCAGAUGUACAAUUUCUAAAAAAGGAAUGUGAUCGGACUCGCGAG